UAACACGAGAAAAAGAAUAAUUGGAUUCCAUUUCCAUUUUCAUGUCCCUGAAAUGGCCACCGCCCUUCCCCCAAUAACCAGGAGCUCCUACUGCCUGAAGAAGCCGUUGCUUUUAUUCCCACCUUUAAUUUCUUCCCCGAUUCAUCAGCACUGUUCUUCCCUCCGUCUCCUCAUCAAUCCCAAUCCUAGGGCUAGACUCGCCGUCUGCCUCGCCGCCGCUCCUGGCCCACCCUCCCCUCCCGACUCCGACCGCUCUGCUCACCGGGACCCCACUCCGCUCAGAGGUUCUGGUAUUGCAGGAACAUUCUCUAGAAUUCGAGACCGUGUGCAGAUUUUCUUUGCUGUUUUCUUCUGGCUGUCUUUGUUCUUCUGGGCUUCGGUGGGGGAUGGAAGCCAUAGUGGUAGACCAAAGAAGGGGUCUCGAUUUAAAUGAUGACGUAGAGAACAGUUAGUUUGUGUAUAUUAAGACCCAAAGGGAAAAGUUCUAUAAUACGCAAAGAACAUUCAACAUUGUUUAGAUAGACGAUAUAGUAGACUUUUUUUAAUUCAUUUUCUGCUAGUUAACACAGUUAAAAGUAUCUAGUUCAAUCAGUCCCAAAGUUCUGUAUCCCAGUUAAAAUAAAAUUUCAUUAACUGUCUUGUAUUGAUAGCAAUUUAUCAUUUUUUUUUCUGAAGAUAAAAUAGAGACUAGCCAGCAGCAAGAGUGGCUGGGGUAUCAGGCUAGCAGUAUUUUUUU